GAUAUAUUAAAUUUUAUUAAUUAAAAAACAUAUUGAAUUAAAUAAAUAUUUCAAAAAAUGAUUCUAGAAACUGGAAUAUUAUCAAAAUUUUUAUAUAUUGCAAUUGUAGUUGCAACAUAUUGGAUAAUUUCUAUAUUAACAAUAUUUAUAAAUAAAGUUCUUUUAUCCAGUCAUACUAUAAAUUUAGAUGCACCUCUUUUUAUAACAUGGUGUCAAUGCAUAAUAUCUUUAAAUAUUUGUGUAAUUCUUAGUAAUUUAUCAAAAUGGUUUCCAAGAUAUAUUAAAUUUCCUAAUGGAAAUCCAUAUACUAAAGAAACUGUUAAAAAGAUACUUCCAUUGUCUCUUCUUUUUAUUGGAAUGAUUGCAACAAACAAUUUGUGUUUAAAAUAUGUUGAUGUAGCAUUUUAUUAUAUAGGUCGUUCAUUAACAACUGUAUUUAAUGUUAUUUUUACAUAUUUUAUGUUAGGUCAAAAAACUUCUACAAAUUGUAUUGCAUGUUGUGCAUUUAUUAUUAUUGGAUUUUGGCUUGGUGUAGACCAAGAACAUGUUGCUGGUUCUUUAUCUGUUUUAGGAACAAUUUUUGGUGUAUUAGGAUCAUUAACUCUUUCUUUAUAUUCUAUUCAUAUGAAACAAGUCCUUCCUACAUUAAACCAAGAUAUUUGGUUACUGUCUUAUUGUAAUAAUGCAUAUAGUAUCAUUAUAUUUCUUCCAUUAAUAAUAGUUAAUGGAGAACAUAUUACAGUAUACAAUUACGAUAAAAUUGGAUCUUUUUAUUUUUGGUUAGUUAUGAUUAUUGGUGGUAUUUGUGGAUUUGCUAUUGGUUAUGCUACAGCACUUCAAAUAAAAGUUACAUCUCCUUUAACUCACAAUAUUAGUGGAACUGCUAAAGCUUGUGUACAAACAAUUUUAGCAACUUAUUGGUUUAAUGAAGAAAAAUCAUUUAUGUGGUGGAUAAGUAAUUUUAUUGUGCUUAGUGCUAGUGCAAUGUAUGCUAAAUUGAGACAACUUGAUUUAAGUAAAAAAUAUAAAGAAGAAAAGCAACAAUUGCAAAUAUGUAAAAUGUAAAUGAAAUAAACAUAUUUCAAUAUAUUAGAAAACUUACACAUACAUAUAUAUCAAAAUUUUAUUAAUUAUAAUUAGUUAUAUUAAACAUUUCAUAUUGAUAUCAAAAUAUAAAUAAGAUAUUAAAAUUUUAUUAUAUA